AUGCUUCCAGUCCCGGAAUCGCAGACUGCGUCCCCCCACCCUCUAAAGAUAUUCGACACGGCAAGGAAAAAUGAUAAAUUCCUGUAUGCCUGUGCGCCAAUGGUGCGUUACAGCAAGCUUGCGUUUCGUCAAACCGUCCAUCAUUAUGGCGUUGAUCUCUGCUGGACACCCAUGAUUCUCGCCAAAGAAUUCAAUCGAAAUACAUUUGCAAGGGACAGCGAUCUCACCGUAUCAACAAAGGGCAUCAUGCCUCAUACCAUCCUUCAAUUUGGCGCCAACAGCCCCUUGGAGCUCUCACGGGCAUCCUCCCUCGCCGCGCCAUAUGUCAGUGGCGUCGAUCUCAACUGCGGAUGCCCCCAGUCAUGGGCUUGUGCCGAGACCUUGGGUGCCGCUCUCAUGAACAAAAGAGAGCUUGUUCGCGACAUGGUCGUAGAGACAAGAGGCCGUCUAGAACAGGACGGCUGGGGUGUUGGGAUGGAAAAGGACAUUGAUAAUCCCAGGGGUAGGAGUGUUAGUGUCAAAAUCAGGAUACACGACGAUCUAAGGAAAACAAUGGAUUUUCUUGACACUGUUAUAGGCCACCCCCAGAACCGCCAGGUUGAUUGGGUUACUAUACAUCCACGAACCCGCAAUACAACAUCAACUACGCCAAUCCGAACGGAGGCCCUUGAAAUUCUCACAGCUAAAUACUCGCCGACGCUCCCUAUCCUGCUCUCUGGCGACGUGUUUGAUAUCAACUCCCUACCCUUCCAUCCAUUCGCCACGCCAACGACAGAGAUGGCGACGCUGACCUUGAAUGACAUCCUGCCCCGUGAUAUCAACAACGGUAUUGUGGAAACAGAUCAGGGAGUUGCUCCUGUCCCUGCCCCCAGCAACACCAAUCUAUCGGGAUUCAUGUCGGCUCGUGGCCUGCUUUGCAACCCGGCUUUGUUUGCGGGACACUCAUCAUGUCCCUGGGAGGCCGUGGAGCGCUUCAUGUGCAAUGUUGCCGCUGCCCCGCUUCCCUAUAAACUUGUUAUACACCAUGUCCAGGAAAUGUGCUCUCCAGGCAUGGGUAUCGAUAAAUCGGCGCUGCUUUCCAGAAAGGAAAGGGCACGGUUUUCCGAGAUAGCCAAUAUGCUGGAGCUGAUCGAUUUCCUUGACGAGAAGAUUGAAGAGCACACUGGUCAGACUGGGGGCCUUAGGCGAGAGUUUUGA